AUGCGAGUUAGGCAUCUUCAGACGCAUCUGGCGGAUCAAGGUUUGGUGAACAGCGGUCCGCUUCGCGAUCUCCGAAAUGUGAGUGUCGGAGUUGAUGCCGUCUUUUGGCUCCGAUCCAUUCAGGCGUUGAAGGAUCCCUUUGCUGAUGCCUUGGGUGGCAUUCCACCAGGGAUCUUCGGCUUCGUGGACAAGGAGCUGGAGCAGUUCAAGGAGAACAACAUCACGCCUUAUUUCGUUUUUCAGGGGGUCGCACCUGGGCCACAGCACUCGAUGUUCGUGAGUCGGAUGGACCACCAGAUGGAUUUGGCAUGGAAGUACCUCGCCCAUGGCGAGCGGUCAGCAGCACAGAAGUGCUUUGCUGUCUCCACCAGCCGUAUCAAUGGCGACUUCGUCUACUUUAUUUUUCAUCACCUGCGGCAAAAGGGCUACGAGUGCUUCCAGGCGCCCUACUUCGCAGGUGCUCAGCUGGCGCAUUUCGCAGAGCAAAACCUGGUGCAGACGAUUUUCGGACCACCAGGAUUGCUCCUCUAUGGAGUGAAGACGGUGAUCAUACACCUGAACUUCAGCCAGAACACCUUCGACUGGGUGGAUUUGGACAGCGUCCUCAACAAGUGGCAGCUGUCCUGGGAUUCUUUCGUGGAGGCGUGCAUGCUCGCCGGGACAGAGUAUUGCCUCACCUACCCGUACUUGAACUUGAGUGGGCAGGCAACGACGCAGCAGCAGCAGGCCCGAUUUAACUUCGAGGCGGCCGUGUACAUCAUCAAACAGGGCCCUCUGAUUGACUGGAUGGGCCACUUUCCAUCAGAGGAAAUGAAGACCGACCAUGUGGACGGCUACUGCAUUUGCAAGGUGCUCGUCCAGAACUCUCCGGUCUUGCACCUGCAGGACUAUGCCAUCCGACCGCUUGGCGCAUGCAAGCCGGGGGACUCGCCUCCGCCAGUGCCUAGCGAUUUCGCCGCCAUUAUGGGCCAAAAGUUGCCUCCAGCCCUCUACUACCUGAUGCUCCACGGGUUCGGUGCGGCUGGCGGUGUUGAGAUUCUCCUCUUCAAGUUCCUAGACGAUGACAGCAUUGGGAAGAGAACCCUGAGCUUGAGUUCGCUGCCUUCCGGCAUGUCAGGGGGAGGGCUUCCACUGGCUAUCUUGCUAGCAUGCCGCCUCUUGCGCUGCGACGGCGACACUGAUCCCUGCUGGUCCGGGGUACCUGACGAUGUGCGGGAGCUCUGCUGCAAACUCCAAGAUAGCAGCUGCUUCAGCGCCGAGUUCACUUUCGAUCGGUGCUGCGAGGGGGUUCAAACAUCUGCGUCGAGUUCGCUAUCGGGGCAGGUUCCGCCAAUGCAGUCAUCUGACCACGAUGCUCCAUGUUUUGAAGAGGGCUCCAGCUUCACAUAUGAACAGUGCUGCGAAUCUGCUGGCCACGUCUUGAAAGUCUUGAUCUCCGAUGGAGGCUGCUUUGACCCUUCCCCUGAGAACGGAGGAGGAUACACAUACUUGAGGUGCUGCUUGGAGCUGCCCGACCCGGAACAAUGGAUAUAUGUGGAGCAGGUUAGAGGCUCCCCGAUGUCCGAGUUCUUUCAUCUCAGUGGCACACUCUACAUGACCGAAGCAGCGAAAAGGCAGUUUCGACAGAAAGGCGCUCCGAUGCCCCCGGCUACGCUUGGUGGUGUCAGUCAUGCUGACCUCGAAAGAUUUUGCCUGAAGCAGUUUUUGUAUGACUCCAAGUAUCAGCUCCUGCCCAUGUGGAGCAGGAAAGAGAUCUAUCCCCCGCCUCCCAAGGAUAUCAACAAGGUCAUAAAGCUCCGUACCCGGAUGAAAGAAGCUGCGAUGUGCUGGAAUGAUAUAGAGUGCAACAUUUACAUCGUCAAGCUCGACUGGUGGUCUAUGGAUCGCAAACAUCACGAGGGCGCAUACGUGCUCACGCUGCCGGUUGCUUGCAACCUUGGAGAAGCGGCAGUGACGCUUAUCCCUCUCCUGGCAGACAGCCGCAUCGACGGGCCGGUAAUUCUUGGAGGUGCCACCUUUCAGCAGGUUCGAGAAGGCUGGGUGCUCCUGAGAACUGCAUUGCUCAGGUGCUAUGUGUUCGGGAGACGAAGCAGCGGCGCAGCGGCAUCGAAAGACACGGCUCCCAAUGUGGCGAUAGACAUCUUAAGGCUCCUGGCAGCAUGGAUCGUGGUUGACACCCACAGGGGACAGCCCUUUCCGUUCUCAUGGCCUAUCUGCUAUAUGACUGGAGCAGAUAUUCUAAGGUUGGAGGACAUAUUUGUGGUGGUGACGGUUCGCUUGAUGUCAGUUCGCCGCUUGACAUUGCAGUCGUUUGCCAUGAAGAUUCUGCGGAAAGUAGCAAUACAAGGAAGCACACUCAUAGCGUUCACGCAUUUUGUCUGCUUGUUCAUUCGUCCUGCGUCCCCGUGGUAUUGCGGACAGAAACUGUUCUUCGAGCAUGAGCAGCCGCGCGCCGACUUGAAAGGUUGGUCGGAAUGGCUUCUAGCGGCUGUAACGAUGCGAAACUUUGAAGACUGGGUGCGACCAGCGUUCCCGGCCGACGAUCUGCCAAACCCGUCGUGGCAGACAUCGACAUGGUUGGUUUGCCUGGAGUACACGAUCGUGUGGUGUCUCGGAGCUGCACAUGCAAUCGACUCCGUGCUACCAGGUGUAAUCCCAGCCGCCACAUUGGCCUAUGUUGCUUGGAUGUGCAUGGAUGUGGACCGUCAGCCCCAGGUGUGUGUAUCCUGGGAACCUUAUCAAUCCUUCUGGUACUGUCGGCUACCCUCUGCCAUCUUAACACACUGUGCCUGCCGAGCUUUGGCACGGUUUUGCGGGCCUUCAGGAUUUAUCUCGCAUAGAUGGACGCCCGUAGCCCUUGCGGCUAUCGGAAGCACCCUCGGGCUGAGCACGCUAAUCGAGGGCCAUCCCGCUUGGGAGGCUUUCGGCUUUGGGAAGCAUCACUGCAGGCAGCAGUUGCCUUACAUGGUCGCAGGCUUGCCCUUUCAAUUUUCGCUUCUGGCUUUCACAUUUCUCGACAUCAAGGUACCGGAGCCGGCAGCAGCCUGGGUCAGCUACUUGGCAAACUUGAACUUCUGCAUAGUUAUCUCUCAUCAAUGGAUGUUGAUAUUCUUUGAGAAGCAUGCGCCUGAAUUCACUUCUGCGUGGGCCAGCGUGAAGAGCAGCACAGAGGGAAGCCUAUUUGCGAUGCAACAGCUCUUCAUCAUCUACAUGGGUGCAGCACUUUUGCACGGCUUCGUGGCCAAACCCGUGCAGCUGCUCGUCCAAGAGCUGGCGCAGUAUUCGUCUUUGAUUCCUCCAUUGGCAGUGGCUCACCUUGCAUUGUGCCUAAUCACCUGGCCACACGACAGGAGCUACUACCCGCUCUUCACAUAUAGCGAUACGCUUUCCCAUGCCGACUCUCCUCCAGAGUAG